GGAUUAUAAAAAAGUUGAAACACAAAAAAAUCUUGGUGGGGGUUGUUUGAAAGAAAAAGGGAUAACCGAGAAGGAACUCUCCUAGAAGGUGCUGCUAGCCUUCCUUCUUCACCCGAGCCACGUUCUCUCUGUAAAAAUGGAUAAAAUGGGAGAUCAAGAGAAAUGAAAAACUAAUACCAAAGGAGGGGAAGGAGAAGAUGAUGAUGAUGAUGGGGGAAUCGUGGGCUGGAUUGGGGUCAAUGGUAGCCGGAAUUAUGUUCGUGUCGGCCAUGUUUCAGCAGUACUUCCCUCAACACCUCAAGGAUCUGGCACAGGAAUACACAAACAAGUUAAUGAAAAUAGUGAACCCAUACAUGCACAUCAGUUUCCAUGAACAAAGCGGAGGAAGUUUCAGCCGUAACGAGGCCUACACAGCCAUACAGGGCUACCUCACUACCCAUUCCUCAACACAAGCAAAACGCCUCAAAGCCGACAUCACCACCAACUCCUCCAAACUCGUGUUCAACCUCGACAACCAUGAAGAGAUCAUCGACCACUUCGAAGGCGUCAAGCUCCGGUGGUCCAGCCAUAUCGAGACCAUCAACAAUCGCUAUUACUCCGAGGAGAAGCGCUCUUUCUAUCUCUCCUUCCAUAAGAACCACCGCCAACUCGUCAUCAACAAUUACCUGGAUCACGUCAUCGAAGAGGGCAAGGCUGUGGUGGUGAGCAACCGCCAGCGGAGGCUCUACACCAACAACGGCAACCAAGAUUGGGAUCCCUGGACCUAUGUGGCUUUCCAACACCGAUCCACGUUCAAAAAUCUGGCCAUGGAUCCGAAGAAGAAGAAGGAAAUCGAGGACGACCUCAUCACCUUCAAGAACAGUAAGGACUACUACGCCAAGAUCGGUAAGGCUUGGAAGAGGGGUUACUUGCUGUACGGCCCUCCAGGUACCGGCAAGACCACCAUGAUCGCCGCCAUGGCCAAUCUGUUGAAUUUCGAUAUCUAUGACCUUGAACUCACUGCCGUCAAGAACAAUACAGAGCUUCGGAAGCUCUUGAUUGAGACCUCUGGUAAGUCCGUCAUCGUCAUCGAGGAUAUCGAUUGUUCCCUUGAUCUCACUGGCCAGAGGAAGAAGAAGAAAAAAGACGAGAAAGAUGACGACGACGAUGACAACCCUGAUCGGAACGGCCAAAAGGGUAAGAAAGAGAGUAAGAAGAGGAGCCAAAGCGAAGUCACACUGUCGGGACUUCUCAACUUCAUAGACGGGCUGUGGUCUGCCUGCGGCGAAGAAAGGAUCAUCAUUUUCACCACAAACCACAAGGACAAACUGGAUCCAGCUCUCAUAAGGAGUGGUCGAAUGGAUAUGCACAUUGAGAUGUCUUACUGUUGUUUCGAAGGGUUUAAGAUCUUGGCUAAGAAUUACCUGGAUCUUGAUUCAGACCCUCUGUUCGAUAAGAUUCGUGGGUUGCUGGAAGAAAUCGAGAUGACCCCUGCGGAUGUUGCAGAGAAUUUGAUGCCUAAGACCAUCAAGGGAGAUGCCAAGACUUCACUGGAAAAUCUAAUUCGAGCUCUUCAGGCGACCCAGGAGAAGAAGGAAAAAUUAGCCUUGGCCGAAAAGCUAAAAGAGAAGAAGAAGGCUCAGGCUCUGUUUCGCUGGUAUCGCCAGCCUUCUUCCAAAAACAAAGGCAAACCGGUCAACCAAUCACUGCUCGAAGAUGAAAGCUAGUGGAUGCUCGACACCGACGCACUGAAAGGACGGGCUUGCUUUCUUGCUAGGCCCCACAUGUUAAUGACAAGAGGAGAGAGGACAGUGGAGAAAAAGAGCGUGCACAGCGCGGUCGCGUACAUUUAUGUUUUUUUUUUAGAAAAAGUAGCCUGAAAGGCUACAUUGCUACAUUGCCUUGACCCGCAUACAAAGGGGUGAAAUGAGUCAUGAAUGGUGUAAAAUCACAGCCCUAUGUUGCCUUUCAGAGAAUCCUUUGUCUUUUUUCAUUGUUUUUUAAAUCUGUUUCCUUACUGGUUAAGAAGUCUUCUAGUCAAGUAGAGUUGCCUCAAGUCAGAAAAAAUGGGUUUGAUUUAA